AUGGCCGUGUACCGCGUGUGCGUGACCACCGGGUCCUACUUGAAGGCCGGCACCAUGGACAACAUCUCUGUCACUUUGGUGGGCACAUGCUGCGAGAGCCCCAAGCAAGCACUGGACCGCCUGGGCCGGGACUUCGCCCCGGGAUCUGUGCAAAAAUACAAGGUGCGCUGUUCUGAGGAGCUGGGGGAGCUCCUGCUGCUGCGUCUGCAUAAGGAACGGUUUGCUUUCUUCCGAAAAGACUCCUGGUACUGCAGCCAAAUCUGUGUCACCACCCCUGAUGGAUCCCACUAUCGCUUCCCCUGCUAUCAGUGGAUUGAGGGGUUCUGUACCGUAGAGCUGCGGCCAGGAACAGCAAGAACUAUUUGUCAGGAUUCCCUUCCCCUUCUUCUGGAUCAUCGGAAACGAGAACUCCAGGCAAGACAAGAUUGCUAUCGUUGGAAAAUCUAUGCUCCUGGUUUCCCCCGCAUGGUGGAUGUCAGCAGCUUUUCAGAGAUGGAGUCGGACAAGAAAUUUGCCUUGACCAAAACGAUACCUUGUCAGGAUCAGGAAGACAGCAGUGGGAAUAGAUAUCUUCCUGGUUUCCCAAUGAAAAUUGACAUCCCAUCCCUGCUGCAUAUGGAGCCCAAUAUUCGUUACUCAGCCACCAAGACGGCUUCGCUGCUCUUCAAUGCCAUUCCAGCGUCCUUAGGCAUGAAGAUUCGUGGCCUGCUGGACCGAAGGGGCUCUUGGAAGAAGUUGGACGACAUGAGAAAUAUUUUCUGGUGUCACAAGACCUUCACUUUACAGUAUGUCACAGAGCACUGGUGUGAGGAUCGUUUCUUCGGAUACCAGUACCUGAAUGGAGUCAAUCCCGUGAUGAUCCAUUGCAUUUCCAGCAUACCCAGCAAGUUUCCCGUGACCAGUGACAUGGUGUCCCCCUUGCUGGGACUGGACACUUGCCUUCAGACAGAGCUAGAGAGAGGGAACAUCUUUCUGGCUGACUACUGGGUCCUGGAGGAGGUUCCUGUCCACUGCCUAAAUGACCGCCAACAGUACGCAGCCGCCCCACUCUGCCUAUUGUGGCUGAACCCCGAGGGGUUCAUAGUGCCUUUGGCAAUCCAGCUCUGCCAGACUCCUGGGCCUGAUAACCCCAUCUUUCUGCCCACUGACUGCGAGUGGGACUGGCUGCUGGCCAAGACCUGGGUGAGGAAUUCUGAAUUUCUGGUGCAUGAGAACAACACUCAUUUCUUGUGCACUCACUUGCUGUGCGAAGCCUUCUCCAUGGCCACACUGCGACAGCUGCCGCUCUGCCAUCCAAUUUAUAAGCUUUUGCUCCCACAUACCCGCUACACGCUGCAAGUCAACACCAUCGCUCGGGCUACGCUGCUCAACCCAGAGGGCCUUGUGGACCAGGUCACAUCCAUCGGUAGAGAAGGCCUCAUCUACCUCAUGGCAACUGGUCUGGCUCACUUCACCUACACCGAUUUCUGCCUUCCGGAAAGCCUGCGGGCCCGUGGUGUCAUGGGCAUUCCCAACUACUACUACAGAGAUGAUGGCUUGAAGAUCUGGGCUGCUAUUGAGAGUUUUGUCUCAGAAAUUGUAUGCUACUAUUAUCCAAAUGAUGCAUCUGUACAGCAAGAUUCGGAGCUACAGGCUUGGGUUGAGGAGAUUUUUACUCAGGCAUUCCUGGGCCGGGAAAACUCAGGCUUCCCACGAAAAUUGUGCAGCCCCAGUGAGCUGGUGAAGUUCCUUACUGCAAUUAUCUUCAAUUGCUCCGCCCAACAUGCUGCUGUAAACAGUGGACAGCAUGACUUCGGGGCCUGGAUGCCUAAUGCCCCAUCGUCAAUGAGGCAGCCCCCACUCCAGACAAAAGGGACCACCACCCUAAAGACUUAUCUAGAAACCCUCCCAGAAGUGAAUGUUACCUGUAACAACCUUCUCCUCUUCUGGUUGGUCAGUCAAGAGCCCAAGGACCAGAGACCCCUUGGCACCUAUCCUGAUGAACACUUCACUGAAGAGACCCCACGCCAGAGCAUUCAAGCCUUCCAGUGCUGUCUAGCCCAGAUCUCACAAUCUAUUCAGGAGCGAAACCAGAACUUGGAGCUGCCCUACACCUACCUGGACCCACCUCUCAUUGAAAACAGUGUCUCCAUCUAGCUCCCUCCUUCUACCCUUGAAGAAAGGCCCAUGUAUGAGACAGGCCAACUUUUUAGAGGUCUUCAGGUCUUUCAGUUCUCUCUG